GUUGGUGCUAGUUGGGAAACAAGGAGGGAAAACUGUCCAGUCAAUAGUUACAGACCUGAAGGGCAGACGGAGAGAACAGCAUGUCUUAACAUCAGCACAGCUUAGCACAGCCGAUGGCCCGGGAGAACUCCCUUUGAGUGCAGCAAGGUAACUGCAGCCCUUUGCACCCUCCCCUGGCACCCACUGCAUAGGAUGCUGGUUUCGGUACCUGCCCAGUGAAGAGCAGACUUGCUUGAGCAAUGAAAGUGCACUGCUGCUGUGGUUUUCAGAGACGUUUCACUUGAGAUGGGGCUGUGCUGCUGCAAGGACUGGAAGGGCUGCUCUCAGGAACCCAAAGGUGGUUCUGGGGACCGGGAAAAGAUGCCUGUCAAUCACGAGGCUUUUCUGCUCAUGGCUAAUUCCCAGAACGAAAUGGAAGAUUGGGUGAAAGCCAUCCGACGGGUCAUAUGGGCUCCGUUUGGUGGAGGUAUUGCAAAUAGCUCACAUGCACAUAAAUUAAAACAUUUGCCUCAAGGGAUCUUCGGGCAGCGGUUGGAGGACACAGUGCAAUAUGAGAGGAAAUAUGGCCAGCGGCUAGCCCCACUGCUUGUGGAGCAAUGUGUGGAUUUCAUUCGGGAACGAGGCCUCACUGAGGAAGGGCUCUUCCGAAUGCCCGGCCAAGCCAACCUAGUCAAGGACCUUCAGGAUUCCUUUGACUGUGGGGAGAAGCCCCUCUUUGACAGCAACACUGAUGUUCACACUGUGGCCUCCCUCCUGAAGCUUUACCUCCGAGAGCUGCCGGAACCUGUUAUCCCCUUUGCCAAAUAUGAAGACUUCCUCUCUUGUGGACAGCUUCUCUCCAAAGAUGAGGGCGAGGGUACCCAGGAGCUGGUCAAGCAAGUAAAGAAUCUGCCCCCAGCCAACUACAACCUCCUCAAGUACAUAUGCAAGUUCCUCGAUGAAGUUCAGUCUCACUCCAGCAUAAACAAAAUGAGCGUCCAGAACCUUGCCACAGUCUUUGGACCAAAUAUACUGCGACCCAAAAUGGAAGAUCCAGUGACCAUGAUGGAAGGCACCUCGCUGGUUCAGCACCUGAUGACUGUUCUGAUAAGCGAACAGGGACGGAUCUUUGCUGUUCCACAGGCUGAUGCAUCAGGAAGCCAGCCCGCAGCCUGGCCUGCACACCUGCACAGCACUGUGGAAUGGAUCUCUGAAGAAGACAGCGAGGAAAGCCGCUCAGAGCACAGCGCCCCCAGCCCUGGUGACCUGCAUCCUGGCAGUGCUGUGGUCUUGAAUGCUGUGCCUGGCUCGCUGACUAAAAUCACCCCUCAGGAGCACAGCGGCAAAGUGAGCCAGCCAGCUACCAGCCCCAGCAAAAGAGUGCAGACAUUGCCCCCCUGGAAAUAUUCCUUUCGCCAGCAGGGGGCACGGUCUGUGAGCCCUAAGCGGGGCAGCUCAUCCUUAGAUAUCCCCAAUCUGUCCUCUGGUGGGAACUGGCUGAUGAAUGGAUUGUACUCUCUCCGAGGGCACCGCCGGACCUCCUCUGGGGAACGGGUAAAAGACUCAGGUUCAUCCCAGAGACUCUCUACCUAUGACAAUGUGCCCUCCUCCAGCCUCUCUCUCAGCACACACAGCAUUGCCAGCACCACAUGGUCAACGUCAUCCUGUGAAAUCUCCGUCAUGGACUCUGUCAGCAGCUGCCCAGCUUGUCGGGCCAGUGACACCUCAGCCUUAAGCUCUCUCCAAACUGAGUGGGCUACUCAGGGCUCACUGUCACAAAGCGAAGUCAAGACUGUGGAUCUGGAGAACAGCCUUCAAAGGCUUGAAGCAUGCAGCAGUAGCAGUGAGCUUAGUGACCCUGCCACUGCUUCCAGAGACUCUGCCAAGUGCUCCAGAGCCCUGCAGAGCUUGGUGGCAGAGCUAAAGACAGAACUGAGCAAACAGAGGACUGAGUACGAGUCUAGUAUGAAAAGAAUUGAAGAAACAAGUGCAGACCUGAAAAAGCAAGUGACAAAGUUGGAGGAAGAGUUGGACCAAGAGCAAAAGAAAUACAUGAUGCUGGAGAUCAAAUUGAGGAAUUCUGAGCGAGCACGUGAAGAUGCUGAAAAAAGAAACCGUCUCCUACAGAAGGAAAUGGAAGAUUUUUUUUCAACGUUAGGGAAUUUAACUGUUGGGGGCCAGGGAGCUAACGUCCCCGAAUAGAGAAAGCUGACAGGCAUCACAGAACAUGAGAUUUAAAAAAAAAAUAAGAUUGAAAGAAAGCAGUCCAUCUAUGCACAUUUUGAUCCAGUUUACUCAUGCAUCAUGAGUAAUCCUGCAGCAAUUUCAUGGUCUCAGUGACUUUUGUGCUGUGGUCUUUGGUUUACAUAUAAUAGCAUACUUGGACUGUCAGGGAAAUUGACUGCUAAAGGCAAUGCUCAAAAACGCAGAUACCACAUCACAGAAUGUCUGUGGAGGAGAUGGAGUCUCUCUUCCCAAAGGUCAAAGAGACUUUCUGGUUUACCAUAGAAAUGUCACUCGUUUUGGCUUUAUUUCACCAUCCCUUUGCUGAUCCAGGGACAAUAGGUACGCACACGACAUCAGAAAGUGAAUGGCUCUUCGGCCAGCCAGAGCUGAGGGAGCACAGUUUUAGUUUGUCACAGUGUAUAGCUCAUGUGGUGAAUUAGGCUGAACUUGAUAGUUAUGUUCUCUGUUCAUCAUGACAUUUGUUUUAAAAAAAUAUGCUUGGUUAAAAAUCUUAUUCCUGUACUCAGUAUCAUUUUACAAAGGUGUCUUGCAAAACUGGCCUAAAACCACUUAAAGGCAUUUGAAAAUCUGACACUUUACUAAGGUUGUCAUCUGAUUACCAAAAGCCUAUGACUCCAAUAUUAUUUGCACCAAAUGUGACUCACUGAAAUUGUAUGCGAUUAAUAAACACUUUGGCUGAGCAAACUGCAUAGAGAUGUAACUAUGCAUGUCUUGCUGCAGGUGUCUUUA